GGCACCUGCGGGGACAGUGCGGCUCGGCCCGCGGGGAGCAGCGCCCAUGGCUUCCGUGCUGUCCUACGAGAGUCUGGUCCACGCCGUUGCCGGAGCCGUGGGCAGCGUGACAGCAAUGACAGUGUUUUUCCCUCUGGACACAGCCAGACUCCGACUGCAGGUUGACGAGAAAAGAAAGUCCAAAACCACACACAUGGUGCUUCUGGAGAUCAUUAAAGAAGAAGGCCUCCUGGCGCCAUAUCGAGGGUGGUUUCCAGUAAUCUCCAGUCUCUGCUGCUCCAAUUUUGUCUAUUUCUACACUUUUAAUAGCCUCAAAGCAGUCUGGGUCAAAGGUCAGCGUUCUACUACUGGAAAGGAUCUGGUGGUUGGAUUUGUUGCUGGAGUAGUGAAUGUGUUGCUAACAACUCCACUCUGGGUGGUAAAUACCAGGCUGAAGCUGCAGGGGGCGAAAUUCAGGAAUGAAGACAUUGUACCAACCAACUACAAAGGUAUUAUUGAUGCUUUCCACCAGAUCAUUCGAGAUGAAGGCAUAGUGGCUCUGUGGAAUGGCACAUUUCCAUCCUUGCUGUUGGUCUUCAAUCCUGCUAUCCAGUUCAUGUUCUAUGAAGGUUUAAAACGGCAGCUUUUAAAGAAACGGAUGAAGCUUUCUUCUUUGGACGUGUUCAUCAUUGGUGCAGUCGCCAAAGCAAUUGCCACCACGGUCACCUAUCCCAUGCAGACUGUACAAUCAAUUCUGAGGUUUGGACGUCAUAGAUUAAACCCAGAAAACAGAACACUGGGUAGUCUCCGGAAUGUUCUCUAUCUUCUGCACCAGCGAGUAAGGCGCUUUGGCAUCAUGGGACUCUAUAAAGGCCUGGAAGCCAAACUGCUGCAGACGGUUCUCACUGCUGCGCUCAUGUUCCUUGUGUAUGAGAAGCUGACGGCUGCUACCUUCACCGUGAUGGGGCUGAAGAACCCAGGCAAGCACUGAGACGGCCUACUGGAACCUUGUGGAAAGAUGCUCGAGCUGUCCUGAAAGAUAGCUGAGUGAAAAGAACCAAUUCCCCUUUUACUCUUGCUCCUUCCAGCAUGAAUUUUACCUCUACUGGCUUGAAAAGCAUCCAAGGGUAGACAUGGAGUAGAGCAAACUGGACAUGUUGCCAAUUUCAUUUUUAUGAUAGUUGGUUGGAUAUUUGUGGGGGGUAGCUGGACUCAAGGUCACUAAAGGUUGGACUAAAGACAUGAUUAAAAAACUAAACAACAUUGUGGGGGGUUAUUGGUUUUCUUAAGGGGAGUGGCCUAGUGCUCUUUUUCCAUUUACCAACUGUUUUUUUCCCGGAGCCCUUCCCCAGCUUCCGGACAAAUUUAAGAAGAUUUAGUCCUGCUCAUAAACUACGGAAUAUUGGUAGUUUCCUCACUAACACAAUUCACUGUUUGUUGGACUUGCUGUGUCAUGCUUCAGGAGAAUUAUCUUCUUUAGUACACAAGCUAUUUAUUUUAGUGGUGGGAAAUGAAAAUUAUUAAUCCCAGAUGGUUUACUUAUAAAGAUUUGUUAAGUGUCACUUA